AUGAGGCACAAGAAACUCACACUCCAACUGCCACCAGCGUUUUCUUUCUCCUGCCAAGCCCAGCUCUUUGCAAAGGCUGUUCUGUUACAUUUGCAAAGGCAUUUGACACAUCAUCAUGAUUUGCUAACCAAGCCUGAUGUGCAACUAAAGGGUUACUGA